AUGCAGCACAAAUUCAAGUCCGACCCUUUUGGAGACUUCGUCCACCAAGCGGACAUACCUCGUUUUGAAAUCGGCUCCGAUCAGGACCUUGAACACGAGCUCUGUGACUACGGUUCAAGCACAUAUCGCCUUACUCGACGGAGCGGCCGCACUGGAUCGAUGAAAGGCUCAAUUCCAUACUUUAAGACGAUUGCAUUUGUCACCGAGGAUCAUCUGCCGCAUUACCUCUUCAGGGUAACGCACUCAAGUUCUGCCGGCACAAACAACGAAGGGCUGUACCAAUCUGGCACUGUGGCUUCAGGCCUGGGAAAGUCCAACUUCUUCACUUCCACCCAUGACAAUAAGUUCAUCCGAGAAACACUGAGAGACCAUCUCAAUAACAAGAAGACAUCCAGCCACUGGAUAUCGUUCACUGAUUCGUUGCCGUCAGCCAUCGCGCGUGCACUCAAGUUCAAACAGAAAGGCUAUCCGGUAAGGCCUCCGACAGUCAAGUCGAGCGACAUCCGCUUCCACAUCGUCGAUACCUUCAAGAUUCGUAAGGAAGCACUCAUCGUUCAUGGCUUCGCUAUGGCGCGUGGCUACAAAGUAUUCGACAGGGCGAAGUCUAUUCUUAAACGCAUGGUGCUUGGCUCGCUCCGAGGAAAGUUCCUGGUGUGGAACGAGCUGGAUGUAGAAGCGUCCAGCGUCAGCCUCGAGUCUCUGCUGCGGCUAAGCCGUGGGGGUAAUCACCUCAACACCACAGGUAUCCUCGAACUGAUGCCGUUUCUGCAAAAAGCCCCCGGCAACACUCUCAAGAAGAAAAACAAGCCCGAUCCGGAAACUGGCCGGGAGUUUGAGGUCAAGAGACAAUUCAGGGCGGCCUGGCAGCUGACGAAGCAGCUAUAUGGAAUUGAGAUGGUCAUCGAAUUUCGAAAGCAGCUGUAUCGGCCUAUGGCUCCCAAGAAGACCAGGGAGCAGGACCGAGCUGGUCGCAUGAGAAGAAAGAUAUGGUUUGUUGAGCGCGAAACAGCUGAUCAGCGAUGCGAACUGGAACCUGGCAAGCUUGUUGCAUUCCAGAACCUGGUCGCUGGAUUCAAGCCUGAGUUCCAGGAGCUAUGGGCUGCUACUACGAAUACGGAUAGCAAACUCCUGGUCGACAUCGCCACCUUCGAGAAGCUCUAUGCCAAGUGUGUCAAGAAGCUCGUAGGCGAGUACGCGGUAUAUGAAGGCGGGUUGGCCAAUGCCGGUCGCGCAAUCAUCCGACUGGAUUCCAAGCAGGACACUACCUUGGAUGUCCCUGGCGAACCGUCCCUUCUACAGAUCCGCGAGGACGCCCCACUCUUCGAGCAGCUCGAACGUGAGCAACAAGAGCUUGAAGCUUAUGCUCAGCGUUACAAGGGCUCGCAACUGGAGACCGGUCGAAGUGCAGACGCGUCCAGACCCGUAGAUCCAGAAGACAACGCUGAGAGACUGCUGGAAGUGCACAAUACACUCUACGGAGGACGUCGCAAGCGCAAGAACUCCGAGAACGGUACAGAUGGUGAGCACAGGGGCUCAAGUCUAGCAGAGGACACCAACAAGCGGAAGAGACUGCGGAACAGCCAUGCUACAUAUGUGAUGGGGUCAUGA